AUGACUAGCAUACCUACCAUCACAUCAUCUACCUCUCUCACCACAACAUCCUCUCCAAGCCCCUCAGGAUAUGGAACAUGUCCUACCAUCUAUCUACCCGGUCACCCUGUGUCAUAUGCCACUUUCACGCGGGCAUGUGAAGGGGCGCAGUCCAGUGUACUUGACAGCAAUUACUAUGACUACACUGACCGCUGCCUCGGAGAUUGGUGUGAUGCUGUGUGGUCGAGUGCAAUUCAAAGUUAUAUAGAUGCCAACAUUACUCAAUCGACUACGUCAACUCGUACAUGGUUUCAAGGCUACUAUGGGACAGGAAGUCUUUCAACUGUCAUAACGGGGCAAAGUUAUUGGACGUCUACAUACACAUACGUCCAAAACCCUUUUCGAGCCGUUAAGCCAACAUCACCAUGCUGUCAUAAGUGCACGAUUAGUGCGCAGACUAUUCAGCUGUUCUUUUGGCCAAGCUCAGCUGCAGCCCCACCCCCUACAGUAACAGGUUUGCCAGCCGAUGCAACCGCGGCUGUGACCGGGGUUCCUGUCAACGGUUCCGGGAGUUAUGUAGAUGACACUGGUUUCACCUUUAUAUCCCCAAGUGUCUACCUCGGAUUUACUUCCCUUGGAGCACAUGACCGCUGUGGCCCUGUUGGAGAGGCGCUCUAUAACACAACACUAGCAUUCGACCCUCGUGAAAUUAGUAGCAUCCUCCCAUACACGACCACUGCCACCUGCAUCGUUACUGUACCCUUAUCUCAAGGUGGUUAUACCAUUACAGUGUGGGAGAACUCAAUGCCUAACCCUCAGCCCUUGACUUAUUCGGAUGUGGCUCAAAACUGUUCAUCAAUUGACGGCUACUACUACUUCAGUAAAAAUCCAUUCUACAACAGCGCUGGGGACCCUUGUCAUCCUGUAGUCGCCAUCCCCACUCGAGUGCAGCAGUUACAGCCUGCCUGGAGCUCCUGUGGCGCAGAUUAUUAUGGCGGUUUCUAUGACCCCCCCAAGACGCUUCAGCAGGGACCGGUUCUAGUACCCACGGCUGAGCCCGGCCAAGGGAAUCCUACUGUCGUCCCCUCUACUUCAGUGCCCGCUCUCCCAGAAAACGCCCCAACGCGAGGGCCUGAUCCUCCAGUAUCCAGUUUUGCUGACUCAGGAAACCUGCCUCCAGCCUCAAGUGCAGUCGAUCCAGGGAACCAACCUCCGCCCGCAUCUCAAACGCAGAAGCCAGCUCCCCCGAUGUCCCAGCCUGAGCAACCCCCUCAAGCAUCAAGUGCUAGAGACCAGGAACAGCCGGUUCUACCGCCUCCAGGAUCUUCCACUACAAUUGUCAUAGCCCCACCUUCUUCAGAGCAGUCAAAUGGCAAUCCCCAACAGCCUUCUGCAGCUCCUGUCAUCACCCUUGGUCCUGCCCCUGGUUUGAGCAACCCAGGCCAAGUCAUAACACUGCUCCCGACAGUUGUCCCCACAAGCCCAAGCAGCCCCUCGAAUUCCAAUCAGCUAAACAACCCCUCCGGACCAGUAAUUAUCAUUGGCACGCAGACUGUUGGCCCUGGGCAGGCUAUUACCGUUGGGGGUACGACAUCCACAUUGCCAAACGGCCAGACCACCGUCAUCAGUGGAACACAGAUUUUCCUUGUUCCCGGCGCGUCGCAAGUCAUUGUAGGCGGCAGCUCGACUAUCAAUCUUCCCCCAGCCCAACUGACCAAACCUCCCGCCGUAGUGACUUUGGACGGCUCAACCUUCACCGCCAAUUCCGUAAGCCAAAUCAUUAUUGGAUCGCAAACAUUAACACCUGGAGGUAUUAUUACAAUCGGGGGGAUCACUUCAACCCUCAUAGAUGGCAGCACAACCAUCACUGGCGGCACGAUUAUCAGUCUCGCGCCUGGGGCCACUGAAAUCGUGGUUGGUGGCACCACAAUCCAGUUGACUGCAGGACCUCAUGCAACAUCUGGACCACUGGUAAUUACACUAGACAGGACGACGUUGACGGCGGAUUCUCUUACCCAGUUCGUGUUUGGCAGUUCAACGCUUAGCAUGGGCGGUCCAGCGCUCACAAUAAGUGGCACAACAUACAGUUUGACAACGAAUGUGCAAGGGAGUACUGUUUUGAUCGCUGGCACAGCCGGUGCAUCGACUCUAGCUCCUGCGCGUGCGACGACGGCCGCGGCGUCUAUGUCCAUUGGCUCGACGAGAGUGAGCAUUGGGAGCCAGGGCAGUGCAAGAGGGUCUGCAACUCUUGCAGCACCCCAUGCAUCGAAUACCGGUGCGGCGGGGACAUUCAAGUCACAUAAUGAGUGGGUAUGGAGUGUGCUUCUCGGUUUUGCAAUGACUCACAUACUAUAA